UUCCCUUCCACCUUGCUCGCAUUAGAUAAUUAACGCUUCUUCUUCUUCAUAUGCGCAGCACCCAAGAAAAAAGUUGGGCCAUUUCACGGAUUCUCCUUUUCUUUAUCUUCUGCUUUAUUUUUAGUGCCCUCCCACAGACCAGAGUUAAUGGUGUGCUUGCUAGUUUGUUUGGGAGCUUUGGCUUUACAGUUGUAGUGCAAAAGGCUCUUCUCUUCUCUUCUCUUUGCUUUGCUUUCUGGGUUAAUAUUAUACUGCAUUUUGCCGCUUCUGCGAAUGGGUAGUUCUUGAAAAACCCCAGAGAGAGAGAGCUCAUUUUAUUUCUUUUUGGUUGAAUCUUCUGAUUCUGCAAACUGGUACCUUUAUUUCUUGAAAAAAAUUCCAUUUUUUUUUUUUUUGGGUUCUGCAAAUGGGCACUUAUUGUUAUUGAAGAUCAGAAAGGGUACUCUAUUAUUUUAUUCAUUUGUCUAGAAUCCAGAUUUGCUGGGAAUUCUUGGUAUGCAGAAAAUGGGGAGGGUUUUUGGCAUUAUUAAGUUUGAUCUUGUAAUAAUAAUUAUAGUAGCACUGUGUAUGGGUAUUUUUAUGGGUGGGGUUUGGGCUCAAGGCAAUGUUGCAGAAGAAGAUAGUGAUGGUGCAGUGUACAUUGUGACUCUGAAACAAGCUCCUACUUCUCAUAUUCACUCUCUUUUCUCCGGAGAGCUCUCACUGAAGAAGAAGAAGAAGCAUCAUGCUCACUACAAUAUCUCCCAUGGCAGUGCUUCUAGGAAAGCUAGAUUUGAUAAGCCUAGCAAUGUUUCGGGACAUCCUGGUUCUUACGUUUCUCGAAUGCAUGAUUCUUUGUUGAGGAAGGUAUUCAGAGGACAAAAGUAUAUGAAACUGUACAGCUACCACUACUUGAUCAAUGGAUUUGCUCUGCUUGUCACUCCCCAACAGGCUGAUAAACUCUCAAUGAGGAAAGAAGUUUCAAAUGUUGUUUUGGACUUCUCGGUCAGGACAGCAACCACUUAUACACCUCAAUUCCUGGGUCUACCUCAAGGGGCGUGGGCCCGGGAAGGUGGAUACGUAACUGCUGGCGAAGGAAUUGUUAUUGGAUUUAUUGAUACGGGAAUUGAUCCUACGCACCCGAGCUUCUCUGAUAAUACACCUGAAAAGCCAUAUCCAGUUCCGGAGCACUUUUCUGGUGUUUGUGAGGUCACUCGGGAUUUCCCAUCGGGAUCCUGCAAUAGAAAGCUUGUUGGCGCCCGUCAUUUUGCAGCAUCUGCUAUAACCAGAGGGAUAUUUAAUGCAACUCAGGAUUAUGCUUCACCAUUUGAUGGCGAUGGACAUGGGACGCAUACAGCUUCCAUUGCAGCAGGGAACCACGGGAUUCCAGUGGUUGUAGCUGAGCAGCAAUUUGGUAAUGCCAGUGGAAUGGCUCCUCGCGCACACAUUGCUGUAUACAAGGCAUUGUACAAGAGUUUUGGCGGUUUUGCUGCGGAUGUAGUUGCUGCAAUUGACCAGGCAGCGCAGGAUGGAGUAGACAUAAUAAGUUUGUCAAUCACUCCAAACAGACGUCCUCCCGGAGUAGCAACUUUCUUUAACCCUAUAGACAUGGCCUUGCUGUCAGCGGUAAAGGCGGGUAUAUUUGUCGUUCAAGCAGCAGGCAAUACUGGACCGUCACCAAAAAGCGUUUCUUCGUUCAGCCCGUGGAUCUUUACUGUCGGUGCUUCCACACAUGAUAGGGCCUAUAGUAACUCUAUAGUCCUGGGAAACAAUGUCACCAUUUCUGGAGUUGGACUUGCACCUGGAACGAAUCAAAAUGCAACGUACACACUGGUUUCUGCAAUCGAUGCUUUGAAUGAUACGACAGCUUCUGAUGAUAUGUAUGUGGGUGAAUGCCAAGAUGCCAUUAAUUUCAAUCGAACCGUUGUUGAGGGGAAUCUUUUAAUAUGUAGCUACUCUAUCCGGUUUGUGCUUGGGCUUUCCACCAUCAAACAGGCCUUGGAAACUGCCAGCAACCUCAGUGCAGCUGGUAUUGUAUUUUAUAUGGAUCCUUUUGUCAUAGGUUUUCAACUUAAUCCUGUACCAAUGAGAUUGCCCGGCAUUAUAAUUCCAUCUCCAGAUGAUUCCAAGAUUUUUCUCAAGUACUACAAUUCGUCUCUGGAGAGAGAUCAAGCGACCAACAAAGUUGUCAAGUCUGGGGCAGUUGCAUGCAUUUCAGGGGGAAUUAAAGCAAAUUUCAGCUUAUCUGCUCCAAAGGUUAUGUUUUAUUCUGCUCGGGGGCCAGAUCCGGAAGACAAUUCUCUCAAUGAUGCAGAUAUCCUAAAACCAAACGUUGUUGCUCCUGGAAAUUCAAUAUGGGCAGCUUGGAGCUCUGGCGGAACCGACUCCAUGGAGUUUCUAGGCGAGAACUUUGCAAUGAUGUCUGGAACAAGCAUGGCUGCUCCACAUGUCGCUGGUCUGGCAGCCUUGAUCAAGCAGAAGUUCCCGACGUUCACUCCUGCAGCUAUUGGAUCUGUACUUUCGACAACAGCAUCUGUGUAUGACAAAGGCGGAGGCCCCAUACUGGCCCAGCGUGCGUAUGCUAACCCCGACGUGAACCAAUCUCCUGCAACACCUUUUGAUAUGGGAAGUGGUUUCGUGAAUGCAACUGCGGCAUUGGAUCCAGGGCUUAUUCUUGAUUCAAGCUACAAUGACUAUAUGUCAUUUCUGUGUGGCAUCAACGGAUCCACCCCUGUGGUUCUGAACUACACGAGCGAGAGCUGUGGCACCUCCACUUUGACUGGCAUGGACCUCAACAUGCCCUCGAUCACAAUUGCCAGGCUGAACCAAUCCCGAGUGGUUCAACGAACCCUGACUAAUGUGGGUGGCAGCGAAUCAUAUGUUGUUGGGUGGAGUGCGCCUUACGGGGCUUCGGUGAAGGUAACGCCAACGCGGUUUUGUGUAGGAAGCGGGGAGAGUUUGAACUUGACCAUAUCGUUUAACGCGACUAUGAACAACAGCAGCCCGAGUUUUGGAAGGAUCGGGUUGUUUGGAAACCAUGGCCAUGUUGUAAACAUUCCUUUGUCUGUCAUUGUCAAAAUUUCGUAUAACACAACUAGUGCUUGAUUGAUACUUCUUCUCAUCUUGUUAUUUUGUAUUUUUUGUAUGCCCAAAUUUUUUGAGUUAUUAGCUCUGUAAAGAUGUGUCCAAAUGUAGAUAUAACUUUUACUGCCUUCAUGAAUCACUAUGAGUAUUAAUCUGCUUAACAUAAAACUACUUCUCCUCUCUCUUGCUUGUU